CAUCGGGCCACAACACUUUGUCCAUGUGUACGCUUCGCCAUUGCAUCUCCAUCGCUGUCAUCUGUGCAGCGACGUUGCAGCGGCUGCGUCGGGAGUGGGAGAACAUGGAUGUCAAGCCUGGCGAGCCGGUGGAGGAUUUUGCCCUGCGGCUGUCAACUCUGCACCAGCAGCUUGUUCUUCAUGGUGACAGGGACAUCGACGAGAAGCGUGUUGUGGAGAAGUUUCUGCGCACGGUGCCUGCCAAGUACGCGCAGAUUGUCGUCGCCAUCGAGCAGUUCCUCGAUUUCGAGGCGCUCUCGCUUGAGGAGGUGACAGGAAGGCUCAAGGCGGUGGAUGAACGUGAAGCGCAAGCUGUGACAGAGCCAGUGUCCAUUAACGGCAAGCUGCUGUACACCAAGGAGCAGUGGCGUGCGCGUUUGAAGAAGGAGAAGCAAGGCGCAGAAGAAGCUAGCGGUUCUGGUUUCAAGAACCAGCAUGGCGGUGGCUGCGGACGCGGCCGUGGUGGUGGACGCGGACGAGGCAGAGGUGCUGGCCGUGGUGGCGGACGUGGAGAAGGCAAAGGCGCUGGUCGUGUUGGCCCCAACACCUGCCUCAACUGCAACCAGGAAGGCCACUGGGCACGUGAGUGUCCCCAGCCGCGCCGUGAAGAUGCAGAGCGCGGCGGUGGAGGGGGAAACCGUGCUGGCCGCGGUGGUGGCAACCGUGGUGGAGGUCGUGGCGGCGGAAAUCAGGCUGGGCAGCGUGGUGGGAACCAAGGAAGGCAUGAGGCGCGCGCCCAGUACGCUGAGUGCGAUGAAGAUGGUGCUCUGUUUCUGGCACAUGGCUUCAUCAGCCUGGAACAGAGCACGCCGGCGCACAGCUACACGGCACAGCACGUCGAGCUCUCUGAGCCACGCGCUCGCGCCUACCUUGGCGUGGACGAAGAAGAGGUGGACAGCGGCUGGUACCUGGACUCCGGCGCGACGCAUUACAUGACCGGGCGCCAAGAGCUCUUUGCUGAUCUGAACACCGACGUUCGAGGAACGGUCCGGUUCGGGGAUGCGUCGAAGGUUGAGAUCAAGGGCGUCGGGUCUAUUGUUUUCCAAGCUAAGACCGGUGAGUAGAGGGUUCUUCAUGGCGUCUAUUUCAUUCCGGCGCUGAAGAACUCUAUCAUAAGUCUGGGACAGCUUGAUGAAGGAGGGUCCAAGGUUGAUGAUGGCGUGCUUCGCAUCUGGGACAAGAGUCGCCGUCUGCUCGCCAGGGUACGCAGAGGGAAGAAUAGGUUGUAUAUUCUGCAUCUUGAGGCUGCACAACCUGUCUGUCUCGCGGCACGCAAGGAUGAAGAGGCGUGGCAGUGGCAUGAGCGUUUCGGCCAUCUGCACUUCGAUGCACUCCGGCGACUCAGCAAGGAGGAG